GCGCCGUGUUUUGCUUACGCUGGGAGGUUGAGCCACCAACAAGGUCAGCACCAAGACGGAUUAUGUCUUGAGUAUUCCUUUCGAAGAAGAUGCUCCUGAGCUUGAUCCUCAAAAUGUAUGGAGGCUUCCCAUCGUGUAUUUUGGUAAUCUGAGAGGUUUUUACAUAACUUGGGGGCCUUCUACCGUUCCUACUGCAAUCCUUCAAUUUCAACAAAAAUUCUAGGCUUAUAGCUGCGACACGAUCCUAAUGUUCUCGAGCAAUCUGAGAUGAAAAAGAGAAUACAAGAACGCAGUUUUCCUGGAUAUCUAACAUUCAAAAUCACAAUCAUACCCAACCAACCAAACCUCAAGACAACAGCUUCAAAUCACACCUACAACUAACCGACCUACAAACACCAGUUCAAGAUGCUUUUCCAUUCUUUCUUCGCCCUUUUCAGCCUCUUCCUAUGUGCUUUAGCCACUGUUCCAGCAACAGUCUAUCGAGGCGACUCACGCAGUCCCGCGGAUCUCAAAAAAGUCAACGGUUUCCAGACCUAUGCAGCAACCAACAACGUGAAUCCCAACCUCGACCUAAUUGUUCAUUGCCAAGGAGGCCACGACGACGACGACGGAUAUGUCUCUACCUCAAAAAGCUACAAGGUCGCUAGUAACUUCGGCAGGAAGAAGGAUGGCUAUGUAUACUACAUUGACACCAGCCACAGCCCUAGCCAGUACAUCGAUGUUGCGGCCUGGUGCAAAGCAAAUAGCGAGAAAAAUCCAAUCCCCAAGGAGCAAGAGUUUAGCUCCAAAGCAGGGAUUCCUUGGUCUAGCAUUGUCAAGUGGGAUAAAAUUGAGAAGGGUAAGGUGGUUAGCAGCGAGACUAGAAUUGCCUUUGAUGCUGGAGGAACAAACUCAAGGCCAUCAUCAUCUGGGAAGGGAAGCACCAAGGGAUCUAGAGCAAUCCAAAUCCGGGGUGCUACGAGAGAGAAGAUCACAGAUCUGGAAUAUCAGUGAAGGCGAUUGGUCGUUUAGAGUGACAGAGUAACAGAGUAGCCGAGUAACAGGUUGGAUUUCAAGGGGAUUAGCUUGGAGGUUUAGGAAUUUUGCAUUCGAAACUUGGAAAUCUUGAGAAGGAAUUUGGAAACUUGGAUUUUGGAUUUUGGAUUUUGGAAUUUAGUUAUUUAGCAUUGUAUUAGAGUUCGUGGUGGAGUGAUCAUAGUAUUGUGUAUUUGUAGCUGUUCUCUU